GGGGGGCUUGGGCGCUGCUUUUCCCCGGGGCUGCCUCCACUCCUGCGACUGCCGCGAGGGCUGGCUUGAGCCGGGGCUCUCCGUUCUCCCGCUGCGAGCCAGCGCGGCCCCCCCGGGGCCCGGGCAGCGGCGCCGGCAUGUCGUCCGGCACCAUGAAGUUCAAUGGCUAUCUGAGGGUCCGCAUCGGCGAGGCCGUGGGGCUGCAGCCCACCCGCUGGUCCUUGCGCCACUCGCUCUUCAAGAAGGGCUACCAGCUCCUGGACCCCUACCUGACUGUGAGCGUGGAUCAGGUGCGCGUGGGCCAGACCAGUACCAAGCAGAAGACCAACAAGCCCACGUACAACGAGGAGUUCUGCGCUAACGUCACCGACGGCGGCCACCUGGAGCUGGCCGUCUUCCACGAGACGCCCCUGGGCUACGACCACUUCGUGGCCAAUUGCACCCUGCAGUUCCAAGAGCUGUUGCGCACGGCGGGCGCCUCGGACACCUUCGAGGGCUGGGUGGAUCUGGAGCCAGAGGGGAAAGUAUUUGUGGUAAUAACCCUAACAGGGAGUUUCACUGAAGCUACUCUCCAGAGAGACCGAAUCUUCAAACAUUUUACCAGGAAGCGCCAAAGGGCUAUGCGCAGGCGAGUCCAUCAGAUUAAUGGACACAAGUUUAUGGCCACAUACCUGAGGCAGCCGACCUACUGCUCUCACUGCAGGGAGUUUAUCUGGGGAGUAUUUGGGAAACAAGGUUAUCAAUGCCAAGUGUGCACCUGUGUUGUCCAUAAACGCUGCCAUCAUCUAAUUGUAACAGCCUGUACUUGCCAAAACAAUAUUAACAAGGUGGAUUCAAAGAUCGCUGAACAGAGGUUCGGAAUCAAUAUCCCACACAAGUUCAGUGUCCACAACUACAAAGUGCCAACAUUCUGCGAUCACUGUGGCUCCCUGCUCUGGGGGAUAAUGCGACAAGGACUUCAGUGUAAAAUAUGUAAAAUGAAUGUACACAUUCGAUGUCAAGCGAACGUGGCCCCUAACUGUGGGGUAAAUGCAGUCGAGCUAGCCAAGACCCUGGCGGGAAUGGGUCUCCAACCCGGAAAUAUUUCUCCAACCUCGAAACUCGUUUCCAGAUCAACCUUAAGACGACAGGGAAAAGAGAGCACCAAAGAAGGGAAUGGGGUUGGGGUUAAUUCUUCCAACCGACUUGGCAUCAACAACUUUGAGUUCAUCCGAGUAUUGGGGAAGGGGAGUUUUGGGAAGGUGAUGCUUGCAAGAAUAAAAGAAACAGGAGACCUGUAUGCCGUGAAGGUGCUGAAGAAGGAUGUGAUUCUGCAGGACGACGAUGUGGAAUGCACAAUGACCGAGAAAAGGAUCCUGUCUUUGGCCCGCAAUCACCCCUUCCUCACUCAGUUGUUCUGCUGCUUUCAGACUCCUGAUCGCCUGUUUUUUGUGAUGGAGUUUGUGAAUGGAGGUGACUUGAUGUUCCACAUUCAGAAGUCUCGUCGUUUUGAUGAAGCACGAGCUCGCUUCUAUGCUGCAGAAAUCAUUUCAGCACUCAUGUUCCUGCACGAGAAAGGAAUCAUCUAUAGAGAUUUGAAACUGGACAAUGUACUAUUGGACCAUGAGGGUCACUGUAAACUGGCAGACUUUGGGAUGUGCAAGGAGGGCAUUUGUAAUGGAGUCACCACGGCCACCUUCUGUGGCACCCCUGACUAUAUUGCUCCAGAGAUCCUCCAGGAAAUGCUGUACGGACCCGCAGUGGAUUGGUGGGCCAUGGGUGUGUUGCUGUACGAGAUGCUCUGUGGCCAUGCACCCUUUGAGGCUGAGAAUGAAGAUGACCUCUUUGAGGCCAUCCUGAAUGAUGAAGUGGUCUACCCAACCUGGCUGCAUGAAGAUGCCACAGGGAUCCUAAAAUCUUUCAUGACGAAGAACCCCACCAUGCGCCUGGGCAGCCUGUCUCAGGGAGGUGAGCAGGCUAUCUUGAGACAUCCUUUCUUUAAGGAGAUCGACUGGGCCCAGCUGAACAAUCGUCAGCUAGAACCACCUUUCAGACCCAGAAUCAAAUCCCGAGAAGAUGUCAGUAAUUUUGACCCCGACUUCAUAAAGGAAGAGCCAGUUUUAACUCCAAUUGAUGAGGGACAUCUUCCUAUGAUUAACCAGGAUGAGUUUAGAAACUUUUCCUAUGUGUCUCCAGAAUUGCAACCAUAGCCUUAUGGGGAGCGAGACAGAUGGAAUGAGAAUCAAAAGGGAAUAUAGAUUUUCCAGGAAUUGCUUUGUGGGAACUCCCCGGCAUCAGCCUUAGAACAAGAAUCUUACCUUCAAGGAGAAAAUGGUGAACUCUAUGAAGGAGGAAACUUCAAGAGAUCAACUAUUUCAAGUCUGGAGGGAACCACAGUACUGGAAAUAGUAGAUACUGACAUGAGAUUUUAUGAAGAAGUGCACUGCUCAAUCUGUGAGUUUCCGUGGCUAUUUCAGGCUUCGGAUAGUAACAGGAGCCAAAAGGAGAGAAGGUGUGAAGAAUAAACUAGAUCCUAGAAAUUCUGAGCCAAACAGGCUUUUUGCUUUAAGAGACAAAUCAAGACUUUCCAUGGACCACUCUGCUUUUAAGCCAAUGAACCCCUAACACUGGCCAUCUGCAGAAGUCUCUAAAUGCUAAUGAAGAAUUUAAAGGUCUUUUUAAGGAAGUGAAUGGCUUUCCAAAUAUGAGGGUUCUUCAAAAAGUUCAUGGAAAGAUUCGUAUUAUCUUUUAAUUCUAUUUUCCAUGAACUUUUUGAAGUAAGCUUGUAGAAUGAUUUCCUCUGAAGAAGCAACAAAAAAAAAAGGUAUCCCUAGAACUCACACUUAAAGCCCUAUCGUGAAAACAGAUGUUGGGCCCCAAGACAACUGCUACAGCUUAUUCUCUUAUCCUUACUUUCAUUUAAUAGAUAUUUAUUGAGCAUCCAGUGAAAAAGGUGCCACAAUAUUCAGUAUCGUAAACAAUGGAUUUGCGUUCAUAAAGCUUUCAUUCAUUCCGGAGUCUACUAAUUUACCUGAAUGGUGUUUGCAUUCUGUGAAAUGCCUCACCACACUGCAUAUGUCAUACUUCUUUGUCUGUACAUAACUCUUUUUCACAGAAAAUUUACUGCCACAACAGCACAAUCAGCAGAUGAGCUAUAGGUGCUUGCUGUCCGCUGACCUGUGGAAUCUGAUCGUGUGGAUAUUGCUCUGAUCAGUGAAGAACUGCACGCCACUCAUGCUAUGACUGGAUUUAUGGCUUAUACAUUAGCAGGUUAUUUAAGUUAUGUCUUAAGAGACGAAGAUGUUUGUUUGAUAUACAAUGUAAAAAUUAGAAAUGGAUUUGGUAAACAGGGCAUAUAUCAAAAACAGGCCUUAUAAUGUGUACCAA